GUAUCGGACUCCAAGCCAAGACGCGAACACCUACGGACUACACAAUGGUUGACGGUUUGGAGCAUAGCUUGCUCCAUCUGUAGCCCCCUGGAGAAGUAAGGUCAAUACGGGGUCAAUAUGAUGCGAUAACAAAUGAUAAUACUGCUACCUAACCCGCCCUGAUAAUUCGAAGAUCUUACCGCGGUAGGCACUGGGGGUCGCGCAUAUAAAAGUAGCGGCUCUUCCCCUUCGACGCCACAAAAAACGGUUUCUUGCGAGCCGCAGAAGUCAACAAGUCAAGCAUAGGUUGAUCUCCCAGCAAGAUGAAGAGUGUCAUAAAUGCUGCCGCCAUUGCGGCCUUGGCCAGCCUUGUACUGGCCAAGGAGAAGCCUGUGGACGAAGAAUUGAGCAAGUCUCUCUACCAGAGUGGUAUCCGACACAUGGAGAUCAUGAACCACAAGGAGUCUUUCUGGGCUGACCGAAGGGCGAAAGGCCUCUUUGACUCAAGCCAAUAUAAGAGCAUGGCAGCCGACGUACCCGUGGCUCCUUGUGUCAACGGUCUCGCCGAGCUUGAGGCCGGUAACCCUCUGUACACAUUCAACUGCAGCGGCCUCGACCUCUACGAUUUCCAGUCUCACGCCGACCUCGGUAGCCCAACUGGCGAGGGUGCUGGUUCAUGGGGUUGGACCAGUGGAGACGGACGUGAGUUCAUGGCCAUUGGACAAUCUGACGGUGCUGCCUUCCUCGAAAUCACGCCAGCGGGUAAGAUCUCUUACCUCGGUCGCCUACCGCAAUACAGCAAGGCCCAGCCUUCACUGUGGCGUGAGAUGAAGGGGUACAAGAACUACAUGGUCAUCGGCAGCGAGGCUACGAACCACGGCGUCCAGAUCUUCGACAUGUCGAAGCUAUUGGACAUCGACCCUGCUAAGCCUGUGACCUUCAAAGAUGCUGACGCCUUCCACUUUGCUGGUCUUCCCAGCGGUCGCUCCCACACCGUGCAGGUGAACGAGGAGAAGAACUACGCCGUCGCUUCUGGCUCCCAGCCGCGAACUGACAAGUGCAAGUCCGGUCUCAUCUUCAUUGAUCUGACCGACAUGAAGAACCUGAAAUCUCCUGGCUGUGCCGCCGCUGACGGCUACGUUCACGACGCUCAGUGCGUUGUGUACCGCGGUCCCGACAAGAAGUACGUCGGUACUGACAUUUGCUACGGAUAUAACGAGGAUACGCUGACCAUCUACAACGUGACUGACAAGGCCAAGGCCACCAUUAUCUCACGUACCUCGUACGAAGGAGCCGCAUACACUCACCAGGGCUGGGUCCUCGACACCGAGUGGCAACAGUACCUCGUUCUCGAUGACGAAUACGACGAGUAUGACAAGGUCGGGCCCGGAUCAGCUGGCUACCCAAUCACUUACAUCUGGGACAUUUCCUCCCUCGAAAAGCCCAAGCAGACCGGCUACUACAGCGCCAAAGUUAAGGGCAUCGACCACAACCAAUUCAUCAACGGAGACUUCGCCUACCAGAGCAACUACGGUGGUGGUCUUCACAUCCUUGACAUUUCCUCCAUCCCUUCGGACCCUACCGGUAAGAGUGUUAAGGAGGUUGCUCACUUCGACAUCUACCCUGAAGAUGAUGACGAGAGCGGUGGUGGUAUCAUUGAGUUCGUUGGCACUUGGAGCCACUACCCCUACUUCAAGAGCGGCUACAUCGUCAUCAACACCAUUGAGCGUGGUGUUUACGUCGUCAAGCGAUCUUAACGUCUGUCCGCCCAUGGGCUCGACUAUGAUGAGUUAUUGAAUUAACGCUGCAUAUGAUACAUCUUCGCUAGUUGGGUAUAUAUAUCAAGUAGCUAAUACAUACAGAUGA